GAAUCAUUAAACUGUAUCCAGGUUUAUUGGGUGCAAAAUUAGGUCUUUUAUAGAAUGGCUUCAUUUGGUUCGAUUAGGUCUGCGGUUUUCGACAGAGAAGAAAAGAAACAGCAGUAUCAAGCUCAUAUUUUAGGCCUCAAUGCAUACGAUCGCCACAAAAAGUUUCUCAAUGAUUAUGUUAGCUUCUACGGGGGAGAGAGGCAAAAUCAAGAAAAGUUGCCAGUAAAAACUGAUCAAGACACUCUUAGAGAAGGUUAUCGGUUCAUACGUUCAGAGGAAGAUGAUAUGGACUCAUCAUGGGAACAAAGGCUGGUGAAACGUUAUUAUGAUAAGCUUUUCAAAGAAUAUUGUAUUGCUGACAUGUCACAUUACAAGACAGGGAAGAUUGGACUGAGGUGGAGGACUGAGAAAGAAGUAAUGUCUGGCAAAGGGCAGUUUGUAUGUGGUAACAAACAUUGCAGUGAACAAGAAGGUUUGGCAAGCUACGAGGUGAAUUUUUCCUAUUUUGAGGCUGGAGAAAACAAACAGGCCCUGGUGAAGUUAGUAACUUGUGAAAGGUGUGCAAAGAAACUUCUAUACAGAAAGUUGAAGGAAAAGGAAAAGGAGACGGAAGAGAAAAGAAGAGAAAAGGAAGAGCACCGCAAGAAAAGAGAAAGAGAAGAAAUGGAUGAUGAGUCGGGCAAGGCUUAUGAUAGAACCAAAGGGAAAAAACAGUCAUCGACCUCCAGAGACGAUGAGGAUAACUUUGAUGAGUAUCUUAAAGGAAUGUUCCUGUGAAUAUUUACUUAAAAUACUAUAAUUGCUGUUUGGGUAGCGGUUUAAAGCUUCAUCCUUUGGUACUUGUAUAUUUUAGUUUUGUAAAGAAUGCAGUGAGAACGAGUGAUGUAUAACACAUAUGCAUUGAUUCAAAGUGGGGUUACACUUAGAAAAGUAGGCCUAAUUCGCACAAAUCUGCAUUACAUUUAUAUAAUUUAGCAAUAAAUGCCAGCAAGUAUCGGUUGCGAAGUGCGGGUUCUACUAAAAUUGUUGCCAAUAGAAUGACAGCAAGUAUCAGUAGUCGGCUGUAUGGCAACCCAAAGCUGAACGAUGCCAAGGUGAUGUUUGUUUUGCACUUAAUUAUGUACAAUGAUCAUAUUGUAUAUUUAUUCGACUAUAACUAAAAGUAUACUUUUAUUA